AUGCGGUACAGAGUUGCGGCGACUGUCGUGGGGGGCUUGCUCCUCGCAAAUUGCAUUGGAAUUGCUUCGGCAACUGAAUGGUGUCGGGCGGCGCCGGAAGACGGCAAGCCUGAGUACGGGGUUUGCCUAGCAGCAGGAGAGGGUUCAGCUCGCUACAUGAUCGAGAUAGUUCCUGUUGUGGGCCCCGGAAUCGAUCUGCAAAGCAACGUGAAGCUCACCGUGACAGGAAGUGACGGAAGAGAAACCAAACCGAUUUCCAUAGCAUCAGAAGCUUUUGGCACAGAGAAACGGGUGAUUGUUGAUCGGAUCGAUGUUGGUGACCCAGAGUCGAUCAGCGUUUUCAUUACGGGCAACUCUGCCUGGAAAUGUCAACGCAUUACAGUGUGGAAAGACUUCCGCUACUGGUUAUUCGAUUGCACUGGCGUGUUGGACCCUGGACAUCGGGACGCUACAUACGCAAUGUCAGGCAACAAGAUGUACCAGGCAGUCCUACAAACAGGAAAUGACGAACCUGGCACCUCGGGAGGAAUAGAGCUUACGUUAAUUGGGAGUGAGCGCCAGUCAGCUCCGAAGCUACUCGUCCAGGACGUUCGCCCGGGGGCUGAAAGAAGGGUCCGCUUCAGAGCAGCCGACGUUGGCGACGUAACGGCACUCGUUCUUCGGAAUACAGCUGGCACUGAUCCCUGGUACUGCGAGUUCGUCCGUAUCAAAGCAGACGACGGACGGGUUUUCGCAUUCAAUGUUAAAAGAUGGAUUGGCACGCCGUAUGAGUCUGCAAUUAGAGUGUCGCUCAAACCCUCGGAGGAUGCUGACACUCCGGCCCAAGACGUUGAGUGUCACACGAGAGCUUUGGACCUGUACAGCCGCAUUCCUGAAAAAAUCGGCAUUUUCAAAGUUCGCUGUCCGAUGAACUGUCAAGCAUCAAGUUUCGCCAGCGUCGAUGGUUCUUCGAUUCAUCCAGCGGCGAGUUCCAUCUGUGCCGCAGCCAUUCACGACGGUGUCCUCUCCCCUUCUGGUGGAGAAGUCGUUGUUUCGGUGGUUGGAGAGCUUACAGAUUAUACCGGGAGUGCUUUAAAAUCAACAGGCACAGCUUCCUCGAAUUUUAGCUCUUCGCCAGUCAACCGGAGUUCUAGCUUCUUUGUCUACCGCACCGAUUCUAUUGACGAGGUGGACAAGGAUGUCCGUGUAGUCGAUGCUUACGGAAAGCUCUCUUCCACCGGACGUCUGGAAAUACGGCGCAAUGGAGUGUGGGGUUCGGUGUGCAAACAGGGUGAUUUCACAGUUUUCACUAUUGACUCAGCUCGGAAGGCAUGUCACGAACUCGGGUACCUUCACGGCAUGUACCUGGAGGACGGCUGCGAAUCUGUGGAGGGGCAGUACGUGUGUGCUGGCGCCAAGUAUCCUGUAUCUGUCGCAGCUGACUGCACUUUUGAAGAGCCUCCUGCACGCUGUGCCGACCACUCCAUGGAUGUAGCCGUCAGAUGCACCAAUAACCCUCCGGCAGAACCCCCGCUGGGAAGCCUUCGCAUCGUCGACGAAAGUGGCGCUCCUGCUACAAAUGGGGUGGGCAGGCUUCAAUUCUACAACGAAGGGUGGGGCAGCGUCUGCAGUGAUGGAUGGACAAAAGAAUCUGAGAAAGUCGCCUGCCUUCAAAUGGGCUACACUGGCAUCAAGCACGGUGGAUACUCGGACGACGGAUGUGACAGUGUCAACGGAGUCGACUUAUGUGGGCCUGAUACGGAAAAGAUUGCCGCUUUCGGUGUAGCCUGCGGAGGCGAGGAAACAAGUUUGAGGCACUGCCCGCAUGAGAUCUCAAGCGAUGUUUACUGUGUGCACGAGGAGGAUGUCGUUGUCGGCUGCCGCGGCGACGGAGACCCUUCAGGAAUGGGAUUGUUCAGGACCGAGGACACUCCAGCCUUGUCGAAACGGAGCUUACCACCGAAAAUUGAGCUCAACUGUGGCGACCGGCCUCUAUCACACAAGCAGAUGGGCGGGCAGUCUGGGGCGAUGUUUAUAGCGACGUGCCCCGAGGGCUGCAGCGAAGAGCCAGGGUCUCUAAAGGGAACUUAUAUCUAUACGGACGACUCGCCGAUUUGCAAAGCUGCUAUCCACGUCGGAGUCAUAGGACCCCUUGGCGGCGACAUUGUUGUUGUGCUCGGCGAGGGACAGAAUUCGUUCAUGGAAUCAGAGCGCAACGGCAUCAAGAGCGAGUCCUUUGGGCGAUACGAUCACACAUUUAUGGUAUCCCUGCCCAUCAACUCCGUCAAGGCCAGGGCAGCCAAGGAAAUAGUUAAAGGGGCUGUGUACGCAGGAGGAUCGGCAAUCCCUAGUGGAGGAAAGUUUCCUGCCUUCAGACAAGCUGACGUAUCGGCCCCCGUGGACUUGUUGCCGGAGAAGUUCCGUUGGUUCGCUCCUGAGGAAUUCACUGCAAUGAUGCGGCUUAGGUUUCCGCGGACGACCGGAGGAUUACGUGGAAACGGCGAAGCUUCCGGGGGCGAAAGCACUUACAGGCUUUUCAGACUUUACCUUUGCUCUUCAUAUGUGACCUGGAGGACCAUACUAACCCAAAGCGGUUGUGAAGGCUUCACCCUCGCAAUGGACGACAAGGAUGAGCUUGUCUUCGAACAAAAUUGCCACCCCAGUUUUAUUAGCACUGGGAUAAAACCAGCCAUAGGAGAACCGUUGCAUGUUGCUGUCUCGUAUUAUUCGCCUGAAAAAGUUGUCAACAUCUACGUGAAUGGGCGACAGGUCGUUUCCGAGAAGACUGACUUCGAUUUCAGCUUGAAGGACCAGUUGACUAUCGGUCGUGCUGCGGAUUCCGAAUCUGAGUAUUUUAUGGGCCAUAUAACGGCGCUGAAAGUUUUCGCUUACGCGCUGUCUCCGGAGCAAGUUCAACAAGUGGCAGCUGAAGCAGGUGCUGGCCUCGGCGAGGGCGGUCCUGUCCCACGGGGAGAACGACGUACAGACGAUGGGCGCGUCUGCUUGUCUCCAUGCUCCUCAGAGGAGCCCCUUCUCAACGAAAUUCCGAAAUCCUCGCUCCCAACAAAUCCAGCUAUUCAGCUGACUUGCGAGGAUACUUUGAGACGCGAGGAGUUCAACGGAGUAACAGAGCAGCGCUUCCUCGUUUCCUGCCCAUCUGGCUGCACGUCGAAGGUUGCACCAGUUUACGGAUCCAAGGUCUACGCAGAAGCAAGCUCUGUGUGCAAGGCUGCCCUCCACAAUGGAGCUUUGACCGCACAGGGAGGAGAACUCGUCGUCGCGACACACAGUGGCCUCAAAUCGUACUCUGAUGAUGGCGCAUUUGCCCUGAAAAUGAAUCCCGGAGACAAGGAACUUGUAAUCUGUCCACCUGGUUCGUACACCGCCCAAUAG